AUGCCGUUAAUAUUAGUCCGCGAGCAGCUGACUGCCGUCCUCUUCCGCAAGGGGCCGGUGAACACGGGCACCUCUCUAGUACUGUCCAGCCUGCUGUCAGUGCUGGUGUUCGCUGGGAUGCAGAUGUUCAGUAAACAGUUGGGAUCCACCGAGUGGCUCACAAUCCUGGGAGGUUUCCUCGGCUCAGUCCUCUUCAUCUGCUCCCUCACUGCAUUUAAUAAUAUGGAAAAUCUGAUUUUUGGGAAGGGAUUCCAAGCCAAGAUAUUCCCAGAGAUUCUGCUGUGCCUGUGCCUGUCACUGUUUGCCUCUGGUCUGGUCCACCGUGUCUGUGUCACCACAUGCCUGAUAUUCUCCCUCUUUGCCUUGUACUACAUCAACAAAGUAUCUGCAGCUCUCUACCAAGCAGCUGUUCCCGCAGUAACUCCAGCAAAAGCUGCCAGCAAGGGCAAAAGGAAGAACUGAUGAAUUUGUUGGAUCCCACUUGCAUCCAGCAAAUCAGUUAAUAUUUCCCAGGAGCUGAUGGCCAGUGCAACACAGCAGUUUCACAUUUUGUAUAAAUGUUUUGAACCCAUAGCCCUUGGUGUAUUUCUGCAGGCGUUUUAAAGAUUACUUGGAAAGUUAUGAUCAGUUCAAUGACUACAACUUUGAAGCCAAUAUAACGACACAUUGAUUAUUUUUUUCCCCAGCGAUCUCAAUUUGAACCAAGGCCAUUAAAAGAAGCCUGACGGCCAUCACAUUCCAUUGAUAACCUUUUUACGAUUGCAAAGAGAUUCAAACAGGUUAUCUGUAUUCAUCAGCACAUCAAGUUGCUUUUUUGUUUAAUUCAUUUUGUACGUG